AUGACGCGACGCAAUAAUUUGAAGAACAUAACUCCAGUGCCAAGUGCAAAGGAAUUUAUCGACAUCCUUCUUUCCCGAACCCAACGGCAGACACCGACUGUUGUCCACAAGGGUUCUAAGAUUUGUGUUAUCCGCGGCUUCUACAUUCGCAAAGUUAAGUUCACGCAGCGAAAUUUUCAUGAGAAGCUGUCCACGAUCAUCGAUGAAUUCCCUCGUAUCGAUCAUGACCACCCUUUAUACGGUGACCUUCUUCACGUGCUCUACAACAAAGAACACUACAAACUCGCCCUCGGCCAAGUCAACACUGCAAGAAACCUAGUUACCAAGAUUGGCAAGGAUUAUGGAAAGCUACUCAAGUAUGGAGAUUCUUUGUACCGGAACAAGUCCCUCAAGGUGGCUGCUCUUGGCCGUAUGUGUACGGUUAUAAGGAGCAUCAGCCACAGUUUGGCUUAUCUGGAACAGGUCAGACAGCACAUGGCAAGGCUUCCCUCUAUCGACCCCAACACCCGGACUCUCUUGGUCUGUGGAUACCCGAACGUGGGCAAGAGCUCAUUCCUGAACAGAGUUACCAGGGCUAAUGUGGAUGUCCAGCCAUACCCUUUCACCACAAAGUCACUCUUUGUCGGCCAUACCUAUUUCAAGUACCUGAGGUACCAAGUCAUCGAUACACCCGGGAUUCUGGACAGACCAUUCGAAGACCGUAACAUCAUUGAGAUGUGCAGUAUUACAGCCUUAGCACAUCUCCGAGCUGCCGUUUUGUUCUUUCUGGACAUCUCGGGUUCGUGCGGUUACAGCAUCGCUCAACAGGCAGCACUGUUCCACAGUGUAAAGUCCUUGUUUAUGAACAAACCGUUGGUAAUCGUCUGCAACAAGACUGAUUUGAUGCCCAUGGAAAAUGUGUCUGCGGAAGAUAAGAAACUGAUAGCGGAGAUGAAGGCUGAGGCUUUGAAGACUGCGAUUGGUACGUUGCCUCAUGAGUUCAACAACGGCUUCUGUGAUGUUUUCCGGCAUCAGACAUCCCUCAGGAAUUACAACGAUCAGCCUCUUCAGAUUCGGACAUUUUUGUACCACCCCACCAACCCAGAUUGGGAAAUCCUCCCUCACCACUAUCCACCCAAGCUCUAA